GAGGAAAGGACACCGUGGUAACAGGAGCUGGGGGAAGUGGGGGUCCCUCCCCACACCCAUUGCUAUUAGAAGCUCAUUUAAAGGAUUCCGUUGCUGCCAUUCUGAAAGCUGCUCGGGGCUGAGGGACAGUGGUUUUGAAAGACUGAUUAAAAGAAGAAUGGAGGCCAGAGUGGAGCGUGCGGUGCAGAAAAGGCAAGUCCUACUUCUUUGUGUGUUUCUGGGAGUGUCUUGGGCUAGUGCUGAACCGCUUCGGUAUUUUGCGGCGGAGGAAACCGAGAGAGGCACCUUUCUGGCCAACCUAGCACACGACCUGGGGUUGGGGGUGGGGGAACUUUCAGCUCGGGGAUCUAGGAUCGUUUCAGAUCAGAACAUGCAAUUUUUACUACUCAAUCCGCUUACUGGUGAUUUACUUCUAAAUGAGAAAUUAGACCGAGAGGAACUGUGCGGCUCCACAGAGCCCUGCGCGCUGCCUUUCCAGUUGUUACUGGAAAAGCCUUUGCAGAUUUUCCGUGCUGAACUAUGGGUCAGAGACAUCAACGAUCAUUCUCCAGUGUUUCUAGAUAGAGAGAUUCCCUUGAAAAUAUUAGAAAGCACCACCCCAGGGCGGCAUUUCCUAGAAAGGGCGCAGGACUCAGAUGUUGGAACCAACAACUUGAGAAACUAUACCAUCAGCGCCAAUGCCUAUUUCCAUGUUAAUGUGCAUGAUAACGGGGAGGGGACUAUCUAUCCGGAAUUAGUACUGGACCGAGUGCUAGAUCGCGAGGAGGUGCCUGAGCUCAGUUUAACCCUCACCGCCCUGGAUGGCGGCUCUCCGCCCAGAUCCGGGACCGCCCUCGUGCGCAUCCAGGUGGUGGACAUAAAUGACAAUGUCCCUGAGUUUGCACAGUCGCUCUACGAGGUGCAGGUGCCAGAGAACAGCCCUGUGGGCUCCCUGGUUGUCUCCGUGUCGGCUAGAGAUUUAGACACCGGAAGUAAUGGGGAAAUAGUCUAUGCAUUUUUUUAUGCCACUGAAAGAAUUCUCAAAACGUUUCAAAUCAAUCCAACAUCUGGCAAUCUUCAUCUUAAAGCCGGAUUAAACUAUGAGGAAAUGCAAACUUACACACUAACUGUUCAGGCCAAGGAUGGUGGAGGGCUUUCUGGAAAAUGUACCGUGGUGGUCCACGUAACAGACAUCAAUGAUAACGCACCGGAACUGCUCAUGUCAUCACUUACAAGCUCCAUUGCAGAAAACUCAGCCGAGACUAUUGUGGCUGUUUUUAGAAUUAGAGACAAAGAUUCAGGUAACAAUGCAAAGAUGGUGUGCUCCAUCCAAGAGGAUCUCCCCUUCGUCCUGAAGCCAUCAGUAGAAAAUUUCUACACCCUGGUAACAGAGAGACCGCUGGACAGGGAGAGCAGAGCAGAAUACAAUAUCACCAUCACUGUCACUGACUUGGGGACCCCAAGAUUGAAAACCGAGCACAACAUAACCCUGUUGGUGUCCGACGUCAACGACAACGCCCCCGCCUUCACCCAAACCUCCUACACCCUGUUCCUCCGCGAGAACAACAGCCCCGCCCUGCACAUCGGCAGCGUCAGCGCCACAGACAGAGACGCGGGCGCCAACGCCCAGCUCACCUACUCGCUGCUGCCGCCCCACGACCCGCAGCUGCCCCUGGCCUCGCUGGUGUCCAUCAACGCGGACAACGGCCACCUGUUCGCCCUGAGGGCGCUGGACUUCGAGGCGCUGCAGGCGUUCGAGUUCCGCGUGGGCGCCACGGACCGCGGGUCCCCCGCGCUGAGCAGCCAGGCGCUGGUGCGCGUGCAGGUGCUGGACGCCAACGACAACGCGCCCUUCGUGCUGUACCCGCUGCAGAACGGCUCUGCGCCCUGCACCGAGCUGGUGCCCAGGGCGGCCGAGCCGGGCUACCUGGUGAGCAAGGUGGUGGCGGUGGACGCAGACUCGGGCCAGAACGCCUGGCUGUCGUUCCAGCUGCUCAAGGCCACGGAGCCCGGGCUGUUCGGCGUGUGGGCGCACAAUGGCGAGGUGCGCACGGCGCGGCUGCUGAGCGAGCGCGACGCGGCCAAGCACAGGCUGCUGGUGCUGGUCAAGGACAAUGGCGAGCCCGCGCUGUCUGCCAGCGUCACGCUGCACGUGCUGCUGGUGGAUGGCUUCUCGCAGCCCUACCUGCCGCUGCCCGAAGCGGCGGCCGACCAGGCGCAGGCCGACCCGCUGACCGUGUACCUGGUCAUCGCGUUGGCGUCGGUGUCGUCGCUGUUCCUGUUCUCGGUGCUGGCGUUCAUCGCGGUGCGGCUGUGCAGGCGGAGCAGGGCCGCCUGGGUGGGUGGCUGUUCGGUGCCUGAGGGCCACUUUCCGGGCCACCUGGUGGACGUCAGCGGCACAGGGACCCUGUCCCAGAGCUACCAGUAUGAGGUGUGUCUGAGGGGUGGCUCAGGGACCUCUAGCGAGUUUAAGUUCCUGAAGCCGAUUAUUUCGAAUCUGCAGUCCCAGGGCACAGGGAGGGAAGUGGAAGAAUAUCCUGCAUUUCGGGAUGAUUUGGGUUUCUGAUAAAAAAUGGAAAAUAAAUGCGAGUGUUGUAUCUGUGAAUACAUUCCUAAGAAAUUUACCAUGUGUUACCUGUGGAAGAUUGCUUUCACAUUAUUUCAAGCAUUUUUAAAUCCACAGAAUUAGUUUCGUUACACAGGAAAGGACCUAGCUUUAGCCCUAAGAACCCUCCACAAAGCAUGGAAUUCAUGUGUCUAUUUGAUCUCUAACAGUUAUGCCUUCUGUGUAGUAUAUUAAGUAACGAUAAAUGUUGUUUGGGAUGUUGUAAAUUAAUUUUCAUUUUCUUCAAACUUUAUUGCUUUUUUAUUUUCUGAGUUGAUUUCAGUGCUGUAGAUUUAUACUUGCCUUAAGUUUUAGAAGCACAGAUCAUACAGUAUCUUUUGAAGUUUUUAAGAAAGUACUUAGUAUACAUCACACUAUUUUAACAUUUUUAAUCUUAGAAGUAAACCUAUGAGGAGAGGUAUUUUUGAAAUGGGCAAGUAGAUAUUCAUAGAGGUUCAAUAAAUUCAGUAAGAACACCAAUUAAUAAAUGGCAGAAUUGAGUAUCUUUCCUAAGUCUUUCUGCCAUUGGGACCUUGCUAUGAUGCUGUACUCUUUUCUGGCAUUAGGUAUCACAUUGAAAGUUUCUCCAUAAUUAAGGAGAAGAAAUACUUUUCUCUUAUUCAUAUUCCUGUUUGGUCUUUUCUAUAAUUAGAAGUAAUAGU